UCUCUUAGCUCUUGCACUACUACUUGCUUUCUUGAUUCGAUCUUUUGCCUCAUUUUUUUCUAGAAGAAUGGUUGGGAAUGAAAAGGUGGAGGCUUUGCCGGAGGAGUUCGAUCCGAAGGAGAUUCAGGGUUCAAUUGUUGUCAGAUCAAAUGGGGUUGAGAUGGUGCUGGGGAGGAAUGUGCACACAAUGUGCCUUUCAAUCCAGGAGCCGGAGCCCAAUGAUGAGAUCACCGGCGAGCGUGAGGCUUAUAUGGCUAGUGUUCUGGCCAGGUACCGGAAAUCUCUUGUGGAGAGAACUCAGCAUCAUCUCGGCUAUCCAUACAAUUUGGACUUCGACUAUGGUGCUCUUGUCCAGCUGCAACAUUUCUCUAUCAACAACCUCGGUGACCCAUUCAUUGAGAGUAAUUAUGGUGUUCAUUCCAGACAGUUUGAAGUAGGUGUGUUGGAUUGGUUUGCUCGCCUUUGGGAGUUAGAGAAGAAUGAGUAUUGGGGAUACAUCACAAAUUGCGGUACUGAAGGCAAUUUGCAUGGAAUUCUUGUUGGGAGGGAAGUAUUUCCUGAUGGAAUUUUAUAUGCCUCCCGAGAGUCCCAUUAUUCUGUCUUCAAAGCUGCAAGAAUGUACAGAAUGGAAUGUGCACAAAUUGAAACUCUGAUCUCUGGUGAGAUUGAUUGUACUGAUUUUGGUGCUAAACUUCUCUUGAAUAAGGACAAACCAGCGAUUGUAAAUGUCAAUAUAGGAACAACGGUGAAGGGAGCAGUAGAUGAUCUUGAUAUGGUCAUAAAAACACUGGAAGAUUCUGGAUUCAAAGAUAGGUUCUAUAUUCAUUGUGAUGGAGCUCUCUUUGGGCUCAUGAUGCCAUUUGUUAAACGAGCACCAAAAGUAACAUUCAAGAAACCAAUUGGGAGUGUGAGCGUAUCAGGACACAAGUUUGUUGGAUGUCCAAUGCCAUGUGGUGUACAAAUAACCAGACUGAAACAUAUCAAUGUGUUCUCAAGGAAUGUAGAGUAUUUAGCAUCAAGAGAUGCAACCAUCAUGGGAAGCCGAAACGGUCACGGCCCGAUCUUCUUAUGGUACACACUAAACCGUAAAGGCUACCGAGGAAUUCAGAAAGAAGUCCAAAAGUGCUUAAGAAAUGCUCAUUAUCUCAAAGGCCGGCUUCGCGAAGCCGGAAUCAGUGCAAUGCUUAAUGAGCUCAGUAGCACUGUAGUGUUUGAAAGGCCCAAAGAUGAAGAAUUCAUCCGGCGCUGGCAGCUUGCAUGCCAGGGCAACAUUGCUCAUGUUGUGGUGAUGCCCAGUGUCUCCAUUAAAAAGCUGAACAACUUCUUGAAAGAACUUGUUCAAGAACGUGCCAUUUGGUACCAAAAUGGGUACAACAAACCACCUUGUGUUGCUGCAGAGAUUGGCAAAGAAAACUGCCUCUGUGUCAUGAUGCACAAGAAUUAAAUCAAGCUUGUUUAAUUUAUGAACCAGAAUAAAAAAAUCCUAAGU